AUGAACGAAAACCACUACUCGGCUGCCAGUGAUAUCUGGCACGGAGAGCUGCUGGACAGCCCCCUCUGCCACAAGUGUCUCGAACUACAUGAUCACCAUGCAUGUACUACUUCGUUACCCAAACCCCUUUCGGCAGACGCUAUGUCUCUGCCCCCUCGAUCCAUCAAAUCUGGGAUCACGGGAGCCCUCUCUCUCCACGAUUACCGGAAAUUCCUCUCCAAAUCCGCAGACUGCGUCGGCGAUCGUGCCGAUCAUGGAGGGAGACCAUUGAAGCGAAAACCAGCUGCGUUGCAUUUGAACCGCCCGCCCCCUCUCACCUCGUAUCCUAUCUCUGUGUCGUCCGCGGCCUCGAGUACUCCGCCGUUGUCUCCUUCGUACUCGCAUAGUAUCAUCUCUCAGCAGAGUGAGGAGCCAGAGAUUGGAGAAGCCCAGCCUGUGCAUUAUCGCUCUUCUCCUGCUCCACGAGUCACAGUCGUUCCGGACAUCGGCCCUCGUACUAGACCGAACAGGAAACGCUUAAAUACCUUCCGGGAAAAGGUGCAGAAGAACGCACAGGCUCAAGCAGAAGCACGGCGAUCUGCUCGAACUGAAGACUCGAACUCAAUGCUGGCCAGCACGCGGGCCGUUGCCACCGUCACCCACGGUGGCGCCUGCUUUGAGAUCCUCAAUCCACGCAAGUCGUUGGAUCUAGCACGCAUCGUCUCAUACAUCGAAGAUGUCGAUAGCUGCUCUAUCGUCUCUGCCGAUAACCAGCGAGAAUCGACUUUCUCUCUCGAACAAGGACUGGACCGGGUGUCCCUGUCCCAAUUCACUGAUGCCUCAUUGCCAUCGUUCUACUCGACAAGCCCGCUGUACACAUCCUUUGCAGCUGAAUCCUCCACGCCCAAAGGGCAACCAACGGACCUCCCGCCAUCUUCACCGGGAAUCCACGGGCAUAUCCGCGCUCUCUCUGACUAUUCUCUCAACGAACAAACCUUCAACUACUGGAGCCGAUCUGUACGAAACACCGAGAACGAAAUCUCUCACGACACAUACAAUGAGCACGCAUUCGAUAGACAAAAUCCACACAUGAUCUCCAUAAGAGAAGAAUCCAAUCCCCCCGCCCUAGAUCUCUCCCGCCGCCCCUCAACCCCAUCCACCCAAACAUUCUACUCGGAGAGCGAAAUCGGCGAGCCCGGGUCCCCCGUCUACGCCAACGGCGAGUGGGCCCAGGUCGACGAACGCGAUAGAGGCAUUUUCUUCGAACCCGAAGAACUCACCGACCAACACGAAUACCCAUACCAACACGAACACGAACACGAACCUGAACAUAGACCUGAACAUAGAUCUCCACAACAUGAGGAACUGCCCACACCUCGCGAAACCCCGCUUGACACCCCGAUCGAUUCCCCCGUCCAUUCACCCAUGUAUACCCACUGGGGCUCCUACCAUCACCCACAUUCCAUGUCCACCUCCAGACUCCCCUAUCCAGCCCCGGACUCGUACGCCUACGAUCCGGUGUACUUUGACCCACAUGUUCAGUCUGUCCUCGCAGCUGCGAAUGCCGAGACGAUGGGGUUGCGGGGCAAUACCGCGCGGACACUAGAUGACCUGCAGCGGGGCGGUCGGGAGCUGGACUCGCGAUUCGAGUUUCAGCGGCGGAAGAGUGAUGAGCGGAAGCAUGUGCGAGGCAAAGGGCUGAAGAAGUUCUUUAGCUGGCGGUCUGGUAACUGA